AUGACAGAGAUCACAAAUCUAAGCUCUGACCUGAUAGAGCUGAUCCUGUCUCUGCUCCCAAUCCCCACCCUAAUCAGAGUCUCCACUGUGUGCAAGCUAUGGCACUCCAUCAUCUCCUCCCCUUCCUUCUCCACACUCUCCAAUCACUCCAACCAGCCAUGGUUCUUCCUCCAUGGUAUCCACAACAUCUCCUCCAAGAACAACCAGUCCUUCGCCUUUGACCCUUCCUCCAACUCCUGGUUCCUCCUCCCCACCCCCCAACACCACCACCAACACCAACACCAACCCAACACCUCCUUCAUUGGCACCAACUCCUUCUUUUUCAUCACUUCUCCCAACUUCCUCUACACCCCCAUCCUCCACCCCUCCUGGCACCCCACCCCUCCCCUCCACUUCCCCAGGAUCAACCCACUCUUGGGUGUCUUCCAUGAUGCCAAAGAUAGCACCAUUAGUCACCCCAAGUUCAUUGUUGUCGGUGGGGUAAAGUUCAUUGGGAACCUUGUUGACAUAGAGGACCGUUUGGAUGUGGAGAUUUAUGACCCUCUUCUGGAGUCUUGGGAGCUUGGCCCUCCUCUCCCUGCUGAUUUCAGAUCAGGAAACUCCUCCUCUUCCCUCUCGUCUGCCCUCUUCAAUGGGAAAUUUUAUGUCUUUGGGAUAUACUCUUGCUUUGUUUCGUCCUUUGACUUGCAUCAUAGGGUUUGGAGUGAGGUUCGCACCCUUAGGCCUCAUGGGGUUGUGUUCUCCUUCUUGAUUGCUUGUAGGAAGAUGCUUGUCCUUGCUGGGGUGUGCAAUUUUCCCCAUGGAUCUUCUUCCUUUGUGCUAUGGAAGGUUGAUGAGAGGACCAUGGGGUUCAGCCAGAUUGCUUUGAUGCCACAUGAUUUACUCUGUAGCUUGUUUGAUGGUGAUGAGGAUGAUAAAUUUGCAAGCUUGAAGUGUGUUGGGUUGGGGGAUCUUAUAUAUGUUUUCAAUGAGGAUUACCACAGGAUGUACCCUGCUUGUGUGUGUGAGAUUGAUGGGGAGAGUGGGAGGUGUGUGUGGAGGAGAGUACCCCCGUUGCCAUCACUGAUGAACAGGUUUCACAAAGUUAUUAGCUUUUGUUCAACUGUUUCACCGCAUAGUAUUCUGCGUGAACGUCAAGGCCGUGGUCUUCGAUACUAG